UUGCCAGCUGUGAAGGGCGAAGUGUAUUUACAGUUUACCGGGUAUAUCGCAGUUUUACAGUCGUCUUUAACACAAUAUCUGAGCCUGAAAACAUGAUCAGAAACGGAAGCCAUGCGGUGGAAGAGGAAGACUGGGGAAAGUCGAGCUCCUCCAGCCAGGGAGGGUUAGCCUGCAGCCCGGUGAAGAGGAAGCGGUUGAUCCGGGUGUGGUGUGAUGGCUGCUAUGACAUGGUGCACUACGGUCAUUCUAACCAAUUGCGGCAGGCCAAAGCAAUGGGAGAUUAUCUCGCAGUUGGAGUUCACACAGAUGAGGAAAUAGCCAAGCACAAGGGUCCUCCAGUGUUCACGCAGGCUGAGCGUUAUAAAAUGAUCCGGGCGAUAAAAUGGGUGGACGAAAUCGUAGAGGGGGCGCCAUACGUCACCACACUGGAAACGCUGGACAAAUACAACUGUGAUUUCUGUGUGCAUGGAGAUGACAUCACCUUGACCGUGGAUGGAAAGGAUACUUACGAAGAAGUGAAGAGAAUGGACAGAUACAGGGAGUGCAAACGCACACAGGGAGUGUCAACGACAGACCUGGUGGGUCGUAUGCUCUUGUUGACAAAAGCGCACCACAGUAAUAUUGAUAACACAGCCUACCAACAACACACAGAUAAUUUUGGGAAGGGCCCUAAAGGUCAUAGUCCUUGGACUGGCGUCUCCCAGUUCCUUCAAACAUCUCAAAAGAUCAUCCAGUUUGCCUCGGGAAAAGAGCCACAGCCGGGAGACACCAUCAUAUAUGUGGCGGGUGCUUUCGAUCUCUUCCACAUCGGUCAUGUGGAUUUUCUAGAGACCAUUCACAAACAAGCAGAAAAGCCUUACGUAAUUGUUGGACUGCACUUUGACCAGGAAGUGAAUCGCUACAAAGGGAAGAACUACCCCAUCAUGAAUAUUCAUGAGAGAACUUUGAGUGUGCUGGCCUGCCGAUAUGUGUCAGAGGUUGUGAUCGGGGCGCCGUAUGCAGUAGGCAAAGAUCUUCUGGAUAAUUUUAAGGUGGAUUUGGUGUGCCAUGGAAAGACGGAGGUGUUUCCUGAUGCAGACGGUACAGACCCCUAUGCUGAACCGAAAAAGCGAGGUAUCUUCCGUGUUCUGGACAGCGGUAACAAUCUCACUACUGACGACAUCGUGAAGAGAAUCAUCGAGAACAGGCUGCAAUUUGAGGCCAGAAACCAGAAGAAAGAAGCUAAGGAGAUGGCCGUUAUUGAGGCUAUGAAGCACCAAGAAGAUUCUGUGAGGACCGAAAUGAACCAUACAGAACUGUCCAAACCGAACAAAUCACGGUCUUCGUAGAACCUCCCCCCCCAAAUUCCCCAGGACUGUUAAAAAACGUUUAGCCCCCUCCAAAGCUUGAUUUAAUGGCGUCUUUUAACGUACAAUGCAUAACUGAACUGCGAAUCGAUUUAAUCGAAGACGGCAAAGUAACAAGGAAUUGUUUUUAAAUGUAACGACUUUUGUUUGACGACAAAAGGACUUUGUUUGAGUUUGUAUGAUACCUUUAAAUGGAUUGACAGACUCUCAAACAUUCAGCAAAUGAUUUGUGUUGUUUAAGAAGUUAAUGGGAAGAUUGUGUCAUUUCAAUGUUUUUUACCUUUGCGAUCCAUCAAGAAAUGUCUGAUAAAGGAACGCUUUUUUUAAAGUGUUUUUUUAACGUUAGUAUGCAUACUUGAAACAGUCAAAAAGCUUUUUAGGAUUCUACAUUGGGAUUGGCAGCUGUUUUCUGAAAACACACACUAUAAAGGUACUCUGUGUGUUUUCUAGGGGAGUCAAUCGUACGUAAAGAAGUCCAGGUCACAUUCCCCCAAUCAAAUGGAAAAAAUGAUUGCGUAAUGAAAAUUAAGCCUUUGUUCAGGGCUGUUACGUUUGAUUACAACAUGGAUACAACAUGGCGCCGCAGAUGGCCGCCUCGGUGUGGAGCUCUUCAAUUCUUUUGUUGUUUUUGUUAGUUUGUCCUGUGUUUAGCAAUCUUUUACCAAUCAGUUUUACCAGGGACGAACUGCUGAACAUUCAGCAGCACAUACCAGAUAAUCUUUUCCCGGUUUUUCAAUAUUCGGACGUUUUGCUGGACAUUUUAGUUGGAGGCGCUGCUGUGUUGUUUAGAUGCGCUACGAGACGCAGGCGAGGGAGACGAGCUGGCGCGCUGGUUAAACUCCGUCAGCGCGGCGUUCGAACAGCACUGCCGAGCAUUCAUCUCGCGAAUCUCCGCUCUCUUCCCAACAAAACGGACGAACUACAUCUCCUCACACAUACUAAUAAGGACUUUUCAAACUCUGCUGCACUGUGCUUCACUGAAACCUGGUUGA